GAGCGUUAAAUCCACGCUGAAAGCAAGCAGAGAGGAGCGUGAGCAGUAAGCACAAGACGCUAUAAAACCGUUCUUAACUGAAUCCCCAACACAAGAGAAGAGCCAAUUCAAUUCAAAAAUCAAUCAAUCAAUCAAAUCAUUUCCAUUUCCAUUUCCAUUUCCAUUCUCAGAAUUCAUGGGCACUUCUCAGAGCCGUGAAGGCCUCGAAUUCACCGACUCUGACUCCGAUCACGAACACGAACACGAACAACACGACGAAGACGCACAACCUUCCAUACCAAACCAGCUCGAUGAAGUUGAUGCCAAACUCAAAGCCUUGAAACUCAAAUACUCUUCUUCUUCUUCUUCACCUUCGAAUUCAGAUUCGAAAACACAGACUCCUCUUACCAGAAACGCCGUCAAGCUUUACCUUCACAUCGGCGGCAACACUCCCAAUGCCAAGUGGAUCCUCUCCGACAAACGCACUUUCUACAAAUUCAUCAAAUCCGACGACGGCGAUGAUGACGGUGACGACGGUGAUGAUGGCGGUUAUUGGUUUCUUAAAGUCGGUUCCAAGGUUCGCGCUAGGGUUUCCACCGAGAUGCAAUUGAAGAUGUUCGGCGACCAACGCCGCGUCGAUUUCGUCUCCGACGGUGUCUGGGCUCUCAAAUUCCUCACCGACGAGUUCUACCGGAGAUUCGUGACCGAGUUUCAGGACUGUAUGUUCGAGAACGUGUACGGCCUCGCCGCCACUGAGGAGAAUAAGUUGAAGGUUUACGGCAAGGAGUUUAUCGGCUGGGUGAAGCCGGAGGCGGCUGAUGAUUCGGUGUGGGAGGACGCGGUUUCCGAUGAGGGUGGUUCUGGUUCUGGUUCUGGUUCUGGUAAGACCCCUGAACGGCCUAGAGGGGAUUUGAUGGAGGAGUUUGAAGAGGCUGCGAAUGGAGGGGUUCAUACUGUUACGUUGGGGGCUCUUGAUAACAGCUUCUUGGUUAACGACACCGGCGUUCGCGUUUACCGGAAUUUUGACCGGGGGAUUCAAGAUAAGGGUGUGGCGGUGAAAUUUGGCGGGGGUGGGAGUCUCCGGGGGACGACGACGCCGAAUAAGGCUUUACUGAUGAGGGCGGAGACUAAUAUGAUGCUCAUGAGUCCCCUCAAUAGUGGGAAGCCUCAUGCUUCGAGGCUUCACCAGAUGGAUAUUGAGACUGGGAAGAUUGUCACGGAGUGGAAGUUUGAGAAGGAUGGGGCUGAUAUUACUAUGAGGGAUAUUACCAAUGAUACUAAAGGGUCACAGCUAGACCCUUCGGAAUCCACGUUUUUGGGGUUGGAUGAUAACAGGCUGUGCCAAUGGGAUAUGAGGGAGAAGAAAGGGAUGGUUCAGAACAUUGCCGGUUCUGGUUCCCCUGUGUUGCAUUGGAGCCAGGGGCAUCAGUUCUCGCGAGGGACUAAUUUUCAGUGCUUUGCGACGACUGGGGAUGGUUCCAUUGUGGUGGGUUCUGUGGAUGGGAAGAUAAGGUUGUACUCGAAGACGUCGAUGAGGAUGGCUAAGACUGCUUUUCCGGGGCUUGGGUCGCCGAUCACCAGCGUUGAUGUUACUUUCGAUGGAAAGUGGGUGCUGGGAACCACUGAUACUUAUUUGGUGCUGAUUUGUACCUUGUUCACUGAUAAAGAUGGGAAGACCAAGACUGGGUUUGGUGGUCGUAUGGGAAACAAGAUAGGUGCUCCCAGAUUGUUGAAGCUGACCCCUCUGGAUUCACAUUUAGCUGGCACGGGCAAUAAGUUUCAUGGUGGCCACUUCUCAUGGGUUACUGAGAAUGGUAAACAAGAACGCCACCUUGUUGCGACUGUUGGCAAGUUCAGUGUGAUAUGGGAUUUCCAGCAGGUAAAGAACAGUGCUCAUGAAUGUUACAGGAAUCAACAAGGACUGAAGAGCUGCUACUGUUAUAAGAUAGUACUGAAAGAUGAGUCAAUUGUAGAAUCACGAUUUAUGCAUGACAACUUUGCUGUUAGUGACUCCCCUGAAGCUCCGUUGGUGGUGGCAACUCCUAUGAAAGUCAGCUCUAUCAGCAUGUCUGGAAAACGACAUGGUUAAACCUUUUUUUACUUUUAAGGAUUCAAGUUUCCAGUGUUAGGAGUUCCUUUGAACAACGUAUUGCAUAUGUUCAAGUCUGUGAUGUUGUUUAUUCUUCUGUACAGAAAGUUUUAGAGUGCCCUGUAUCUGUUUUCUUACUUAUACUGUUGUCAUUGAUUUUGUGAUUACAAGUUUGGGUUUGUGAA